AUGGCGGCGUCCAUGGUGAGGACCUGUCGCUCUGCUUCGCGGCAUGGACUCUUUGGGCUUCUUCGGAGAAUUAAUAUUAACCUCGGGUCAGAGUUUCACAGUUCUUCUCCCGCUUGCAGCAAACUGCUGCUCUCUCUAAAUAAACGCGGAGUCCUGAAAGACUCGUUUCCGCGCGACGCGGCGCAGGACCGGCUGCCCCAGCUGCUCCAGUCCGGCGCCCAGACGGUGUACUGCGGCUUCGACCCCUCGGCCGACAGCCUCCAUGUGGGCAACCUGCUCGCCCUCAUCGGCCUGCUGCACUUCCGGAGCGCCGGGCACCAUGUCAUCGCCCUGCUCGGCGGGGCCACGGCGCAGAUCGGGGACCCGAGCGGGAAGACGAGUGAGCGGGAGCGGCUGAGCGCGGACGUCGCGGAGGCGAACACCCGCAGCAUCCGGGAGAGCAUCCAGAGGAUCUUCACCAACCACGAGGUGCUCUUCCACGACGGCUCCGUGCGGCUGGGCACGGCCACCGUCCUGAACAACCUGAGCUGGUAUAAGAACUGGGGGGUGGUGAGCUUUCUGUCCGAGGCCGGGAGGCACCUCCGGAUGGGCACCAUGCUGAGCCGCCACAGCGUGCAGUCCAGGCUGAGGAGCGCAGACGGUAUGAGCCUGACCGAGUUCACCUACCAGCUCUUCCAAGCUUAUGACUUCCACCACCUCCACCAGAUAUACGGCUGCAAGAUCCAGCUCGGAGGCACCGACCAGCUGGGCAAUCUGAUGUCUGGACAUGAGUACAUUCACAAGGUGAGCGGUGAGGAGGUGUACGGCCUGACGAUCCCUCUGGUGACCAGCUCCACCGGGGACAAACUGGGGAAGACGGCAGGCAACGCCGUGUGGCUCAACAGGGACAAAACCUCACCUUUUGAACUCUACCAGUUCUUCCUGCGGCAGCCCGAUGCCAGUGUGGAGGGGUUCCUGAAGUUGUUCACCUUUCUGCCUUUGGCGGAGGUGGAGCGGCUGAUGGAGCAGCAGCGAGAGGAUCCGGGUAAACGGCUGGCUCACAAACGGCUGGCUGCUGAAGUGACCAAACUGGUGCACGGGAAGGAGGGGCUCGAGAGCGCCAAGAGGUGCACCAAUGCGCUGUAUCACAGCAGCGUGCAAGCCCUGGAGGAGAUGAGCGACGAGGAGCUGCAGGAACUGUUCAGAGAGGCUCCUUUCCACGAAAUGCUGCUGGAACCAGGGACAAGUGUGAUCGAUGCCUGUCGCACCGUCAACGCCAUCCCUGCAGGACCCAGAGGAUAUCAGAUGGUCUCGGACGGAGCGGUGUGGAUUAAUCAUAAGCGGGUGGACAACCCAGAGCAGGUGCUCAUCCCCAAACUCCACAUCCUCUCCAAUGGACUUACACUGCUCAGAGUUGGCAAGAAAAACUUCUACAUCAUCAAGUGGCUCAGACUGUGAUGCCGUUUGAACGAGCCAGGACCUAGAAGGUAGGAAACUCCACCUCAACGGGGUCCCAGGCUUGAUGAACUGAUAUUUUUGCUGGAUUUUUUUCAGCACAGCCUGAAUCCUGCCUUUUUUUCUUUUUCUUUUUUUUUUUUUUUUUUGUAAAAAUGUGUACAUGUACAUAUUAGGUGUUCAUUGAAUAUUAAAAUGAUAUUUAUAUAAAGGUUACUUUCUGCUUGCUUUGUUGUGCCGCUGCAGUUUCCAGAGUGACCACAAGAGGGCAGCCUUGCCUCAAGCUCAGCUUUAUACUCCAGGCAGCCACAGCUGCAGCGUGUAGCCUGCUGUGACCCUGAGAGUGAAUAAUUGCUCACAGUAAAAUGAAAGUGCAUCAUUUCUCGCAAACAGGUUAUAGUUCUAUUUAAAGCUAAUUGUGUUCCUUUCAAUCUGAGGACACCAUCAGGUCAACAUCUGUUUUAAUCUAGUAGUUAAUUUCUUGUUUCUUAGUGGUGGAAAGUGUAAACUGGGUCAUAAAGUGAAGAAAGGAAUGCUUAAUAAAUCCAAAAAUAAACACAAAAAUGUACUGUUUGGUUACCUAUUGUUAAGGAGGAUUUGUUCCGGAUUUAAUCAUUUUUAAAAAAUGUAAGAGGAAUUAAGUUUUCCAUGUGGUGUAAAAACCAUUUCAGCUUGCAG